GAGUUUGGAAAAAUAAAUGGCAACCAUUAAUAUAAUCAAUGGUGAAAACUGUGGCCUACAGUUCAAUGUCAGUACCCAAGGAAAGGCACCUAAAAAACUGUAUACCGGUGCCGUAGGUAUGGGCCGUAUUGUUGGCGGUGAGGAUGCCCUACCCCAUGAAUUUCCCUGGAUGAUUAGCGUGGCAAAAUAUUAUAAAAAUAAAAACAAAUAUGAUCAUUUUUGUGGGGCUACCCUGCUGAGCGAGACCCUGGUUAUUAGUGCGGCACAUUGUUUUAGUAAAUUUAAAGAACCGGCUGAAUUUUCCAGUCUACUUAUCCGUGUGGGUAGCAACUAUAUCAGUGGACAGGGAGCCUAUAACUAUACAAUUAGACGUGUACAGGUACACCGGGAAUGGGAUGACCAAAAUAAAAUCAACGACAUAGCCCUGGUUACUGUUAACGGCCCAAUAGUUAGCCGACUAAGUCAAGUAGAUACCGGUGCCGCUGCCGGUAGUAAACGACAACAAUAUACAGUAAACAAUGUAUGUUUACCCCAGAAAAAUCAGGAACCCGGUGGACAGUUGACUUUGUCUGGUUUCGGUCAACUGGGCGAAUAUGAACAAAAACCUGAACUACUACAAAAACUACAGGUGCCCAUCUAUGACUACGGGAAGUGCCAAAAAAACUACCGGCGCUACGUUAAGUUGGGCAAGAAAAAAAUGUGCGCCGGCGGACAGGGUGGCCAGGACUCGUGUAUGGGUGACUCAGGUGGUCCGCUAGUCCAGCAAAUCGAUGGCCGAUACUAUUUGGUGGGUAUAGUAUCGUUUGGUUUGCCCUGCGCUGAACCUAACUUUCCCGGCAUCUAUACUAAAGUAUCCAAUUUUAUCGAUUGGAUAGUCGACCAUGCUAAACUAAGCGACCAAUUAGAUACUACUAAUAAAACUACCAUGCUGAAACUACCUGUGCAAUCAUCAUCAACAAAAACAAUUACUACCGUUCCUCCAUUGAUAGCCAACAAAUUGUCGACAACAACAACAAAAAUAUCUAAAGUUAAUGGUAGUAGUAGUAGUAGUAGUAGUAGUAGUAGUAGUACUGUAGUGUCAAAAACAACCGGUGCUAUUGUAUCGCCAAAAAAAAGUUUAGUUAAUAAUAAUAAUAAUAAUACUAAAAACAUUUCAAAAAAUAAGGUUAGCUUAAGUACUACUACUACUACUACUACUACUACUACCGCACCAGUAGUUGGCACCACUACGGGGGUGGAUGUGGUGGAGGAUACUGAUGAUACUGAUGAUGAGGAUCAUCGACUAAAAAAUAGUCAAACAAUUACUACGACUACUACUACAGAUACCAGUGCUGAUGAAAGUGAUGCCAUCACCACUACUACCACCCACAAUGAUCCACUACCUGAGUCUACAGUUGAUAAUACCGUAUGA